AUGGGUAUCUGGACUGCAAUUCACAACGCUUGGAACGGUAAUAAUAAUCCAUACACUGGUACUGGCGGUUCAUUACCAAUGCCUGUCGAUGAACCAACUGGCCCAAGUUAUAAUUUCUCGCAGAUGAAAGAUCUGGUUACUAAACGUAACCCUUCUGUCGUCUUAGUAGACGUUAGAGAACCAUCCGAAUACUCUGUUGUUCAUAUUCCAGGCUCAAUUAAUGUCCCUUACAAAUCUCAUCCAAAUGGUUUUACUUUGGAUGCAUCAGAAUUUCAAUCCUCUUUUGGAAUUGCUAAACCAACUCAAGACAAAGAAUUAGUAUUUUUCUGUGCUUCUGGUAUGCGUGCAGCUAAAGCAAGAUCUGUCGCAUUUAAUAAUGGUUUCUCAAACACUGCUAUUUAUCCAGGUUCUAUGAAUGAUUGGGUUAGUAAUGGUGGUGAUAAAUUAAAUCUUUGA